AUCAGUGUUUUUUAUUCUGUCUUUUUUUCAUGUAUAUAAUUCUUAGAAACUUUCUUCACAGCUAAAACUGAAGAAUGUUCCAGAAUGUUGGUCUUUCAGGAUGUCCAGUGUGAAUGUGGUUCUGGAAGAUGCUUCUGGUGAUAGUUUGAGUCAGACCGGUCUCUGAAGAACGGAGUAGCGGGACUCCAGGUGAGUUCCGUUAGGAACCUCCUCAUCUGGAGCUCCGACGAUGUGGAUCCUCGGUUCGCCUCUGUUCCUGGUUCUGGUCGGUUCGUCUGUUUCCGGAACAUCAGAUCUGAACAUCACUGCUGGAUCUGGAGAGAACGUCACUCUGAGAUGUGAAGAUCCAAACAUCAACCAGGAUUCCUCUUUGGAGUGGAACAGAACGGACCUGGAGAAAGAAAAACAUCUGUUAUCAUUCAGGAGUCGUGGUGUGAAUCUAGACCAUCAGGACGAAUCUUUCCAGAACCGAGUGUCUCUGAAGAACAGUCGGAUGAAGGAUGGAGAUCUGUCUGUGGUUCUGGAGAACGUGAAGAUUAACGACUCUGGAACAUACGAGUGUAGAAUCCUACAGAAAAAUGGUUCACACAGAGAAAUGGUGCCGAUCUCCAUCAUCCACCUGCUGGUGUCUCCUCCAGGAGAUGAAAGACAACAGGGAGGAGGCCAAGAUGGAGGAGGAGACAAAGGAGGACUGGGAGGAGGCCAAGAGGAGAAAGGAACGAGUCAAGGAGUUUUUGUUGGGGUUGUUCUUGCUGUUCUUGCUGUUGUUGUUGUUGUUGUUGUUGUUGUUGUUCUCCGGAUCCUCAAGAAGAAAAAAGGUUCAACCCAGAGCUCCGACAACCAUCAGGAUGUUGAACUGGAUCUUCUUGACAUGAAUUCUAACCCAGAGAGAAACCCAGCAGAUUCUGCAGCGUGAUCUCCUCCUGAUCUGGACUUUCUCAAACUCUAAAGUUGUGUCCAAAUUCGCCCCCUAAUCACUACAUAGAGCGUUCUCCAUUUUCUAGUGCGGCCCGAAUCUAUUCACUCCAAAACCAGGUGCACUGGAGGUGCAAAGAAGUCUUUGUGAAAAACUAGCUUACAUCGAUGCUCACUAGAUUAGCAGAUAAAGACCACAAUGCAUUGCGGUUGAACAAUUUUGAACAAAAAAACAUUUUUAAAUAUAAUAUUUGAAUAAACUAUCCACAUUUUCACCAUCAGAACAAAGUGGAGGCAUAAAUAAACGUCGUGUCAGUAUUACCUUUAAAAUCCAGGACACUAUAUAGUUUUUAGUAGUUGGGGGUUAGGACAAUUCGGACAAAGCCUAAAACAUUUCAGACUCAAAGUCCAGAGAAUCUCCUUCCUGUGGAGGAUUCCAGCUGAUGAUGUCACUUCCUGUAGAAAGAAGGUCUGAUGACAGAGGCGGACCCGGCGCUGUGCAGAUCACCUGCAGCGUGGUGCAUGCUGGUUAGUUUCUGUCAUGAAGUAUCGUGGGAAAAGGGGCGGGGUCAAGGCGUCUUCCUAAGCCAGAAAUUAGGCGUGUUUGAGAUCCCCCGGCGCUACGCAGAUCGCCUGGAUCGCGGUGCAUGUUGGUUAGUUUCUGUCACCAACGUCAAAUGUGCGCCGUCAUGAAGUAUCGCGAGAAAGGGGCGGGUUCAAGGCGCCUUCCUAAGCCAGCGCAGCCAGAAAAUAGGUACUGCGCUGGCUGCAUGCCGUCUUGAGGACUACAAAACAAUGCAUUGUGGGAAACAGUGUCCCCACAGUUCUUGUAGUUUGAUGUGACGCUGAUCAGGAAUAACUGGUGCUAAAUGAAGGAAAUCUGUGAAUAUUUUUUACUCUUUCUGGAAUGUAUUGAAUUCUUGAUG